AUGAAUUUCAGUGCCGCUAUAAAUACAUUGCGUCUUUUUGUCAAUCCCAACUUAUGUAUUCCACAAACCAAGAUUUCUAACUUUGGCCAACUUCCUGUACCAAUCUCCCCGUCCAUUAAGGCGGUCGUGCUUGACAAGGACAAUUGCUUCGCGUACCCUCAUACCAAUGAGGUAUGGCCCGAGUAUGAGAAAACUUGGGUAAAGCUAAAAGAAACCUAUCCUGGUGCUUCUUUGCUCAUUGUGAGCAACAGUGCAGGAAGUAGCGAUGAUACAGACGGGAAGGAAGCUAAGAUUCUUGAGGCAAAUGUGGGUGUGCCAGUAUUACACCAUCGAGUGAAAAAACCUGGUUGUCGUGAAGAAAUCCUUGAGUAUUUUGCCUUGCACCAGAUAACUACGAACCCGAAGGAAAUCGCUGUUGUGGGAGACAGGCUGUUCACAGAUAUUCUAAUGGCCAAUUUGAUGGGUAGUCACGGUGUGUGGGUUUGCGAUGGUGUGACACCCGCCAAAGAUCCCUUUACGACAUUCGAGAGAAAACUAUACGACUGGCUGACACCAACCGCUUAA